AUGGUCACUGCAAGCGGAACAUUUAAUAUAAUUCGAGUAGGAGGACGAUUGACCAAUGCACCAAUAGGUUUUAAUGCAAAAUUUUCAGCUUUACUGCCACGUGAUAAUCGGUUUUCUCAAAUUUUUGUGGAGUACUUACAUCGUAAACACAUGCACAUUGGCCCUAAGGUUUUAAUUAGUCUAAUACGAUCUCAAGUAUGGAUAAUUAAUGCUCGGGAAGUAGCUCGAAAGAUAGUGCGUAACUGCGUACACUGUUUCCACUAUAAACCGAAGCUGCUACAACAAAUCAUGGGCUCGCUGCCAGCGGAUCGAUUAGUUGCGAACCGACCUUUUCUAAUAUCAGGAGUUUAUUUAUGUGGACCAUUUUAUACAACGUAUCGUAUUCGCAGUAAAGUCCCAUACAAAACUUAUAUAACAAUUUUUGUCUGCUUUUCAUCAAAGGCAGUUCACACUGAAUUAAUAUCAGAUUUAUCCACUAAUAAUUUCAUUCUAGGCCUAAAACGAUUCAUAGCACGUCGUGGACUGCCGCAGCAAAAUUUUGAGCUGCUAAAAAAUCUUUUCGGUAACACGAAAGUACAAGAACAAUCUUUCGAAAAUUUAACGAAAAAACUAACGGAUCAUUUCCAGUCGAAACGACAUGUGGUCGCUGCACGUUACGAUUUUUUAAAAAGGGAAAUGAAGCCACAUCAAUCAUACAGAGAGUGGGUAGCCGAUCUCCGCGGAUUGGCAAGAGAGUGUAACUUUUCGUGCUCAGCCCAGAAUUGUUUACACAAUUUCGUGGAUGAUAUGAUUCGUGACCAAAUUAUUAUACGUACACCUCACGAUGCAGUGCGCACGGCUGCGUUCCAAAAGCCCCAGCCGACACUUGCUGAUGUUUUGCAGAUUGCAGAAUUGUACGAAACAACCACUAAAACGGUGGCAACAAUUAAAGAACAAACGAUCGAAAAGUCAAUGCCUGUUAAUUCAGUUGUAAAAUUCAAAUCAUGUUCUGGCUGUGGAAACUCUCAUGCAAGAGAAAACUGUAAAUUUAGAAAUGCUGUUUGCAAUAGAUGUAGCAAAAUUGGACAUAUUGCGCCAGUGUGCAUGUCAAAACAAAACAAGAACAACAAACGUAAUUUAGGUGAUGAAAACAAGAAGAAAGAUUACCGUCGUAAAAGUCACAACAUUGGUACUGUUGAAACAAUUAACAGUUUAACAGGUAUUGUAAAAACUGAAAGCAAUAAGAAUUACAUUGACUUGGAAAUUUGUAAUAAAAUUGUGUCUUUCCAAAUGGAUUCUGGUGCAACAGUUUCUUUAAUAAAUAAGCGAACAUUCAAAACUCUAAAUUGCCCAAAGUUGCGAAAUUGUACAAAAACCUUAUUUGGUUUUGGCAAAAAUGAAAUUCCAGUGCUUGGUGAACUUUGCGUAGAUAUCAAAUGUGGCGGAAAAGAAAGGGAAGUGGUAAUCGUUGUCGUGGAUGUCGAAAACUGUAACAAUUUAUUCGGUUUCGAUUUAUUUAAAGAAUUCGGGUUUGAGAUUCAACAAAUUUGUAACUGUGAAUCAGUUAGUGAAUCGCACAGAAUUAGCGAGCUGUGUAAGAAAUAUGGUGAUAUUUUUGAACCAGCUCUUGGUACAAUAAAAAACUUUAAGAAAGAAGUCGAUCGAUUGACAAAUGCGGGUAUUUGGAAACCUGUGAAGUUUUCCCAAUGGGCUUCGCCUAUUGUACUAGCGCCAAAAGCUGAUGGUUCCAUAAGAAUUUGUGGGGAUUUUAAACAAGCAGUCAAUGUGCAAAUUGACAUUGAACAAUAUCCUUUGCCCAUACGCGAAAGUCUUUUCCAUAAAAUUAAUUGCGGUCAACAUUUUACAAAAAUCGACCUUAAGGAUGCGUAUUUACAAAUGGAACUCGACGAUGAAGCAAAAACAAUAAUGGUUGUCAACACUCCACUUGGGUUAUUCCAAUACCAACGUUUACCGUUUGGAAUUGCAAGCGCUCCAGCUAUAUUCCAAAGAUAUCUUGAGCAGUUACUUCAAGGCGUAGAAGGUUGCGGAAAUUAUCUCGAUGACAUUAUCAUCUCCGCACCUACAUUUCAACAACACAUCAGCCGCCUAGAACAAGUACUUCGUAUUUUGCAACAAAAUGGUAUAUUGCCAGAUGAGUCAGGACUAAAAGCAGUAAAAAACCUGCAGCCGCCUAAAGAUCUAAAGCAAGCAGAAGCAUUCAUGGGUAAGGUAAACUAUUACCAUAAUUUUAUACCUAAUUUUUCGCAAUUAUCCGCGCCAAUCAACAUGCUGCGCCGAAAAAAUGUAAAAUUCACAUGGGGUACAGCACAACAACAAGCAUUUAUAGCUCUUAAAACGCAUAUUCUCAAUGCAGCGCAAUUAGCACAUUAUCAGGAAGAUUUACCGUUGGUUCUAGCUACAGAUGCCUCCUCCUAUGGCAUAGGAGUCGUGCUCUCGCAUACGUACGUUGACGGUACAGAAAGGCCUAUUGCUUUUGCAUCUAAAACUCUCGACAUUCAUCAACGACGAUAUAGUCAGAUAGAGAAGGAAGGACUAGCUAUCGUUUUUGGAGUCAAGCGUUUCCAUCAAUAUUUAUACGGAAGAAGAUUCACCUUGGUUACUGACCACAAACCUCUUGUUAGCAUUUUUAAUCCAAUUCAUCAGUUGCCGUCGAUGACGUCACAUCGUUUACAGCGAUGGGCUAUUAUACUAAUGGCUUAUCAGUAUGAUGUUCGGUAUCGUAAAACUACUGAGCAUGGAAAUGCCGAUGCUUUAUCUCGUUUACCUGUUGGUGAAGACAAAACUUUUGAUCAUGAAGAAUCCUGUUUCAACAUCAAUGAACUUAACACACCUAUCGACGCUGAAAUAAUUCGUCAGCAUGCCAAAAAUGACCCAAUUCUUCGCCGAGUUUAUUUUCUCGUUACAAACGGUUGGCCUGAAAAGCUAAUGCCUCAAGAUACGGAGUACAACCGGGUUGUCAUUCCAGCCUCCCUUAAGCAGAAAAUUCUUAAACUUCUUCAUGAUGGUCAUUGGGGAGUAUCGAGAAUGAAACAGCUAGCUCGACAACAUGUCUGGUGGACUAAUAUUGACAAAGACAUCGCACAAUUAACUGAAAAUUGUGAUGUGUGCAAAAUUGCAAAUCCUGUUCACACACGUGAAUACUUAAGCUGGCCUGAAGCUGAUCGACCUUGGGAGAGAGUACAUAUCGACUUUGCUGGUCCAUUUUGUAAUUCAAUGUGGCUAAUUUGUGUCGACGCUUUCUCACAAUUUCCGUUCGUUGUACAACUAUCUACAACAACAACGGCUGACACCAUAUCAGCAUUGUCUUCUAUAUUUUCUCUGGAAGGUAUACCAGAAACCAUCGUAAGUGACAAUGGUCCGCAAUUUACAGCUGAAGCAUUCAAACAUUUUUGCUCAAAACUUGGCAUCAAACAUAUAACAACAGCGCCGUUUCAUCCAGCCUCAAACGGGUUAGCCGAACGAUUCGUCAGAUCUUUUAAAACUGCUGUUCAGAAAAACAUUGACGAUGGAUUGUCUCUCAAAUUCGCUGUAUCAAAAUAUCUUGCAACAUAUCGUGCAAUGCCGAAUGCUGAAGGUAAAUCACCUGCAGAACUUUUACAUGGAAGGCCUGUUCGUACCUUGUUGAGUCAACUGUUUGAAUCGCCUAGAAAGCACCUUGAAGCUUCGAAACGGAAAAUGAAAUUCAGUCUAAAGCAACCCGUCUUCGCUCGAAACUACGCAAGAGGGGAAAAAUGGAUAAAAGGAGUUAUUGUAAAACAACUUGGUAAAAUGGUUUACAGAGUGAACACAUCUUUUGGUUACAUCAAACGUCAUGUUAAUCAGCUUAAAACUAGAAGUAGCUCUGACCUCUCUUCACAACCAAUUUUUGAAUUCGCUCCAAAUUUCAUCAAUGCCACACCGCCUUCAUCUAGCCAAUCAACAUUAAUGCCUAGUGAAGAACGUUCUACCGAAGUAGUUCAACUUCGAAAAAGUUGUCGUAUUCGGAAGGAUGUAAAUCGAUUUGAAUCCGACGAUUUCAGGAAAACUUAA